UCCUCCUGGGAUUUUCUGUAAUAACAGUCAGCUAGGCUAACCUGAGAUGCAGUCCUCUUAGAGUUAAGAACCAUCAGUCCACACAGAGGUACCUUUCAAAACAAUUCUUAAAUAUUUACUAUUGGUUAAAAAUUAAACGCACUGGGAAAUCAGAGGCUGGGAAGAAUUGCAAGGAAAGAAGAUCUUCUAAAUAGACAGGAAGAUACCAUUCAUCAUGAGACAAUUAUUGGUUCUCGUGCUUAUUUUAUGUUCAUUGCUUUGUAUAUAUGCAGUAAAGGGUAAAUCUAGGCAUAAAAACAAGCCAACCCAGCAAUUUCCACUAGUUCAGCAAGAAAAAUAUUUGAUUAAAGAAUGUUUAAACAACAGCUAUACUGCUAAUUCUUGCAAGAAAGUUUUUUGCCAUCCCUGGCAAAGGUGUGUGGAUGGUUCCUGUUCUUGUAAGCUGCCCUACCAAUGCCCGAGGAAUGGCACUUCAGUUUGUUCUGCUGAGGGAAAGAAUUUUCGAACUUACUGUCAACUCAAGAGCUAUGAAUGUCUACGUCCAAAAAGCAAGUUUAGGAGCAGAGGAAGCUGUAAACUUCAAGACAAUUUUGAAGUUUUCUUGAAGCCAGAAAAUGCAUCAGAGAGAUUCAUUCAAGUCGAAGUAAAUUCCCAGAGGACAUUUAUUUGUGGUCAUGGAUGGAGUAUGAAUGAAGCAAAUGUGGUCUGCAGACAUCUUAAUUUCCCAGAGGGAGCAGACCACGUAGAGUUGGGUGACCCAGCUGAUGCCUGGAACUCAUCAGAAUGCCUUCAAGCAACCUGCAGAGGCGCAGAGACCAGCUUAAAGGAAUGUUCUUUAGCUAGAACUGUUAGGGGCCAUGAGAAGCUUGCUAAAGUGGUGUGCCACACAGCACACAAAGAAUGUUCCUCCAGAGAAUUCCCCUGUGUCAACAGAAAAUGCAUCCCUUUGGAUAAAACCUGUGAUGGAAUCAAUGAUUGCGGAGACCUAAGUGACGAGUUGUGUUGCAAAGCAUGCAGAGGUGAAAGCUUCCACUGUAAAUCGGAUGUGUGCAUUCCAAACUCAUACCUCUGUAACAAAGAAAUGGACUGUUUAACAGGAGAAGAUGAAACUCACCAAGGGUGUAGAGGUGAUGAAACAGCUGAAGAAAGUGAAAUAGAAAAAACAGAAGAAACUGAAGAUGAAUCCAUGGAUGCAGAAAGAAGAAAGAUUAAAACAUUUUUACCCCAACUACAUUGUGGUAUUUCAAACCACACUGUUACUCGUUGGAAGCGAAUCAUCGGUGGACAUAUUGCAGGAAAGGGUGAAUUUCCUUGGCAGGUGGCCAUUAGAGGUGAGAAGACCACCGUGAACUGUGGUGGGAUUUAUAUAGGGGGCUGUUGGGUUCUCACUGCUGCACACUGUGUUAGACAAAGCUAUGUUCAUACCUAUUUGAUAUGGACUGGAAUGUUAGAUUCAGUACUUAAGAAUGAUGGGAUAGAAACCUUUAAUUUAAAAAGAGUGAUAAUCCACGAGGACUAUAAUGCAAAAACAUAUGAAAAUGAUAUUGCUUUGCUGGAGAUGAUCACCAGGCAUCCAGGGCAGCCAUGUUCUCCACCCAACACGGUAGCAGCAUGCAUCCCCUGGUCACCUUAUAUGUUCAGAGCAGGCCACCGGUGUAAAGUGUCUGGUUGGGGACUGGUAGAAGAUUAUGGAAGACAAUUUACACUUAAAUGGGGGUACGUUAAUUUAAUGUCAAACUGUUCUGAAAUCUACCAGGAACGCUAUUUUAAAGGCAUGGAAUGUGCAGGUACCUACGAUGGUUCUGUAGAUUCCUGUAGAGGUGACUCAGGAGGGCCUUUGGUUUGUUUUGACUUUAAUAAUGUAGCUUAUGUUUGGGGAAUUGUGAGUUGGGGUGAAAACUGUGGUGAAAAAGGACACCCUGGUGUUUACACAAAAGUGGUUGAUUAUUUUGAAUGGAUUAGUCAUCAUGUUGGAAAGUCUAUAGUUUCUCGAUUUAAUCUCUGACAUUUAGAAUUUAAAUAUUCCCUCAUUCUCUGUUGCAAUAAUAAAAGGUUGGCUACAGAAGAUGGGGGCAUAAUUCCAGCUCAAGUUAAACAAGUUUCAAUUUCUUCCACUGAAAUCUAUGGACACAAAAGUUGUUGCUUUUGGCUGGAUCAUGCCCUGGCAAUUUAGCAACAAUGACUGUCUGAAAUUUGCAUUAUCCUUUGAAGUAUGUUGGCCUUCUAAAAACAAUGAUUGCUUUUGUACUUGUCUUGCGUGUUACAAUAAAAGUGAUGCAAGGGGAAAAAAUUAAUAA